AUGUUUGGUGGAGGAAGAGGACCCAUGGGCGGCGGCGGAGGGAUGAUACGCGCCGCCGGCCGUGCCAUAACGAGGACAGGCGUUGCCAACGGCGGGAUUCAAGAUCCCUUUACUUCCUCACCGUCUUCGUCGUCGUCCUCUACCGCCGGAAACGCCUCUGUCUCGCAUGGUGGAGGAUGUGCAAAGAAACUGGGAUCUUCUUCUGGGUCGAACAAUCUGACGAUAUCGGCGGCAUCGGGGUCGCUGUUGAAUCUCCCGGUGGCUGCAACCUCCGGAUGGAACGGCGGGGCUUUUUCGUUUAUCAAUUCCGGCGCUUAUGAAGACUUUGAGUGGGUUUCGGAGGAAGGAACCGAAGAAGAUGACUCUGUUUUUGGCUCUGUUCCCUCUGUUGAUGAAGUCCAAGAUGCUGUUUCUGCUCUCCAGCAGGUUUUCGAUGGUAGCUCGUAUUCUCAUCUGGUUAGAGACAGAUACGAGAGCUAUCCAGAAAAUGGUGGUGGAAACCAGAUCCCCAUAGCCACAGGGAUGGUUCAUCAAGUUCCUUCAUUUGGGUCGGAUAUGGACUGGAUGGAGCCUUCAGUGCAACUAUGCCAUUCAAGAACCUUACAGCCGCAUGCUUUUGAUCAGGUUUACAGUGCUUUUGACCUUCUCCGAACAGAACCAUCCGUGCAGAAAAUGGUAAUAUCAUUGUCAUCUGACAAAGCAGUGUGGGAGGCGGUGAUGAACAACGAGGUGGUGCGAGAGAUUAAGGACUUGUACAACAAUGGCAUAAGUCAAGAUGAGGAGAGUUCAGAUGAAACUCCCGGGGAGAAUAACGCCGCAACGGAUUUCAUAAAAUGGGUAUUUGACAGCACAAUGGUUAAGGCAACGGAAGUGCUUAAGAAGAUAACAAAGCUCGUGGUUGAGCUCUUAAAUAGCCACGAUGACGAUUGUGCUACCAAAAAGGGGAAAGAUGCCAAAUUUAACAACUGGCUCGAGGAAAAGCUCAAGACCUCGGUCUUGCUCUCCAUCGUGGUCAUGCUGGUCGUGAUGGUGUCCCGAGCCUGCAACAAGUCUUGAUCGUUUCGAAUCUGUCGACAAUACAUUUCGUCUUUCAGUCUCUUGGAAACUUUCUUGUUUAGCUUUCUUUCAAGUCGUACUGUG